CAGGCACUGCCGCCGCUGCGCUGUGAAUAGCAGCAGGCUAACAUGAGCAGCACCGGGGAGGAGAUGGCGCCGCGGACAAACUGCAACCAGACAGUCACACGACAGACUCCAUGUGUAAACUGAACCCGUUCUAUGAAGGGGAAGGAUUUAGUUUUCCUACGGAUGUUUAGAGUCAACCCCCCAGGGAGAGCUGUACUGCUUCACUCCAUCAUCACGCACCAAAGCUGAAGCAAAGCAAGGUCAGUUUCUGUGUGGAAACACCUAUUUGACGGUGGCGGGGCAGGAGUGCAGAUCUUAGGAAGAUGGCCUCGCCCUUUGUGCCUGUCCCUGUGCCCAUGGACAGAGCCUUUUCAGGUGGUAGAACCAAGCUAAGAAGGCCACAGCGAGCUUCGUCACUAGGCAGCGUCUCCAGCUGUUUGGAAGACCCCGGAAAAGGAUUGGGUUCCCAGCGCCAAUCCCGCGGCAUUGACCGGGGCGGCCGCAGCCAAACGCCGCCGCCCCUCCAGAGCCCUGUGACACGGGCCAGGAUUAAUGGGACUCUGGAGGCCUCUGUAGAGUUCUCCAGUUGCCCCCGCUCCAUAUCCGAUCCUGUUGGGAGCCAGCAAGACGAGGAGAGACCCAUCACCCCCACUGUGCUGGGAUAUGAAGUCAUGGAGGAGAGGGCCAAGUUCACGGUUUAUAAGGUCCUGGUCAGGAAGACUCCAGAUGAGAGCUGGGUUGUUUUUAGAAGGUACGCAGACUUCUCCCGGCUCAAUGAUAAGCUGAAGGAGAUGUUUCCAGGCUUCCGGCUCUCGCUGCCUCCUAAGCGGUGGUUCAAAGACAACUAUGACACCGACUUCCUGGAGGACAGACUGUUGGGAUUACAGACCUUCCUGCAAAACCUGGUUGCACAUAAAGACAUUUCCAACUGCAUGGCAGUGAGAGAGUUCCUAUGUCUGGAUGACCCACCAGGACCCUUUGAUAGUUUGGAGGAGAGCAGGGCGUUCUGUGAGACUCUGGAGGAGAGCAACUAUCGUCUCCAGAAGGAGCUGGUGGAGAAGCAGAGGGAAAUCACCUCCCUGAAGAGGAGGCUGGAGGAGAAGGAGCAGGCCAUCCAGCUACUGGAGAAACACAUCAAUGGCGGAUGUGUGAGUCCAGGGUCUCCGUUUGGACUCUCCGCUCAGGGCAGCGAAAGUAGUGCAGAUGUAGAGGUUGAGUCGUCCGCUGCAGAGGCUGAUCAGGACAUGCCUGGCGACACUGGCAGUGCUGCUCCAAUCUGAAAAAAACGAGCCCCCGAAACAUGUGAGUGGCAGAUGUGAGGUCCAGCUGGUGAGAUCCUCUGCCUGUUGGUGCAGGCCGACACUCAGCGCCUCUCCUCCGGUCAUCCAGGUCACCCAGCUUUACUAGCAGAAGCUGGAGCACUGAGGCCGGCGCUGGUUUCUUCCCCCCUUCUAUUAAAUACUCCUCGUUUGUUUUUUCUGGCCUUUCUUCAAGCUUAAUGUUCCAACCUCCCUUUCCCACCUUUCAGAUUAGAACUGCUGUUUCACAUUUCAGCUGGAUCUGAGACAGCCUUCCCAUCUAAAUCUGUGUAUGGGAUUAAAAGGGAAAAAGGAUUUCUACUGAUGCAGCCUGCUCCCAUAAUAUAUUUUAUCUGGCACCUAGAGAAGACUUCGUUCCGAAGACCUUGUGCAACUUGUGAUAGGAAUUAUCUUUGGAAUUACAUAGCCCUACUCCUUCAAUGUUAAUAUUGUCUUAAACUGUGGGAGGAUUUCUCCAUACUCCCACUGUGGCCAAAAUUUGGCUUCAUGACCAAAAGUACAAGACAACUAAAGAUGACAAGGACUCACACCACUGGAUGGUUUGAUGACUUUCACAACUGUGACAAUCUACAGAAACCCUGAACCCUCAUUUCAGCAGACGUGCUUUGCCUUAAUGGCAAAGCACUCGUCUGUCUUUGCCUCGUGUCUAACCAGCGAAGCGACAUGCGUCCACGUGGCUGCAGGAGAAAGACAGUCUGGAUUAAUGAAACGUCUCAGAAGCGUUAGUAACCAGGUGGGUAUCACAGAGGAUUGACCGCUUUCUGUUUGCUGAUACUUCCAUGUCUAUGCGUUGUACUGCCAGCAGUUGUCCCUGAUGUAGACAGACCUUCUUUCUUGUUUUUUCAGUUUCAGUCAAACUCCUAGAAGUCGACAUUCCCUCAUAUUAUUAGUGCCAUGCGUCAUUUGUCCUGUGAGACUCUAUCACACGAUGUCCCGAGGGAAAGCCCGAGGAAAUGAGGCCCAUUGUUUCUUUUUUGAGGAAUGCGAUGGCCAAUGUGUACAUUAAUCAAGUCAUUUCCCAUUCGCUCAUUGUUCAUGCCAUGCGUCUGUACAUCACCCUAAUGGUUUGCUUCUAGGCGCUGAUUAUGCCCAUUUGAGUGCUUGAAUAUUUACAACACUAAACCUCUUCUGGCGCCUUAUCUGUUAACAGUGGGAGUGUGCCAGGACUCGUUUCAGGUUCCUCGGGCUCUAUUGUGACACAUUUGCAAAAGACACUUUUUUUUUAUCUUACCCCUGCUGGAUUUUCUCCUUGCUUUAUUUGCUUACGGUUUUAAGAUAUCCACCUCUAAAAUAUCUGCCUCUAUCCCUCAGCAGCAAUUUCAUUCUUCUUAAUCACGCUAAUCAACAGAUGGCUCUCAGUGGAAUUGCUGUUGACUGCAAAUUACCCUGAGUGGCAAUCAGUGUGGCGGCAGACGUUUCAGAGCCAGCUGUCUAAAAAUCCACUUGCACAUUGUAAAACUAGAACUGUUUGCAAGGCAAGACCCCCAAAGAGUAGCAAAGCAAGUCUUUUUGGAAAUGUACCCAUAAAGAGACUCAGAAACAGUCAUUCAAAUAUUUACUUUCAGUCAAAGAAUGCAGAAAAAACUUACAGUGCUGCUAAUUUACCUGAAAUAAUCCAGAAGUUACGACCUGGGAGAAACACAUGGGAAACGAGGAUAUUUAGAGCCGGGCCUGUCAGUUUGGUUUAACAACACAGCCUUGGGUUUUAAGAAAUCAAGGCCAUUGAACCGGUAUUUUACAACAACAACAACUGUGACGCAGGUGGCAAAUAAACGUUGAGACGUGUUGAUACUGAAUCAGUACUGAAGACUGUUACCACACCUACAUCAUCCACAGAAGCCAUAUUCUCAGACGCAAAUAACUUUCGAGGAUUCAAAUAUUUUUUGCUUAAUGUGUGCCGACUAUUUGUGUUAUUUUUUUUUUUCUCUUUCUUUGAUGAUUAUUGAAGUGUUUUAUAAUCACAGCUGAUGUUGAAUUAUCUCAAGGCCUCGAUCAGGUCGUGUGAUGCACUUUAUGGAUGAAUGGUGAUGCAUGAUCGCUAGGAUACGUUUUUAUUACUCAAUUUUCAUUUCGAGACAGAAAAGUGCCUUCUCUCUCACUGAGUCUGUCUCCAUUUCCAACGGAACUUUGUGAAUAGGUGAUUUAAUGAAUAUGAAGUUUUGUUCAUGUUUUUCUUUAUGAAUUCUAUUCACACAUAAUAUUAAGUGCCUUCGUUAUCUUUCACUUGUUUUUGCUGUGUGCGAAUAGCUUUAUAGAUUUGUGUCGGACAUGAAAUGUGUUAAAAUGUUAAAAAUAUUAUUUUAAAUGACACCCGUAUGUAUAAGUCAUCACUUAGAACAGUCUGAAUGACAUGUUUUGUGACAGUAAAUGAAAUAACAUGGAGUUUAGGUUCACAUAUACACCCAUAGUUGCACUAUAAAAAGAUUUAUACAAAUAACAUUUGGUAUCACUAUAAAUAGCGCUGGAUUUAACAGGUUAAUUCAUGGACAAAUCUGGUUUGAAGUGGAAACUGUAAAUACUGUAACACAUGCUUUAACGGAGAGAAAUUUUCACAUGCAAUUAAAAAAUAUGAUGUAUUAAAAA